AUGAGAAAAUCUCUCAAAAGCUCCUGGCGCGCCGAAUUGAAGCGGCGGCUCCUCCAGGCGGCGGCCGACGGCGACCUCCAGCGCUUCAAGAAGAUAGCUAGCGUGCUGGAUGCUGGGAAGGGCCGCCUCGGGCAGACAGUGGCGGCUGUCAAGGACCAUGGUGCCGGGGCGCUGCACAUCGCUGCCUUCCCCGGGAGGACGGCGCUGUGCGCGUACCUGGUCGAGGAGCUCCAUCAAGACGUCAACGCUGCUGAUGAUGUAGGAGAGACACCUCUGGUCUAUGCAGUUCGUGGUGACACUGUGGAUACCGUACAAUAUCUUCUGGAUCAUGGUGCUAAUCCGGAUAAGCCUUCUGAUUUAGGAAAUUGUGAAAUAGUAAAAGCCUUACUCUCAAAAGGAGCUGAUAUUCAUUUAUUUUUUGGUAUUGGAUCGACGCCACUGCAUAUGGCUGCUGCCUGUAAGCAGUAUAAUGCUAUGAAGGUUUUGUUGGACAACCAUGCAGAUUGUAUCAAGGUUGCAAACAGUGUAUACACACCUCUUAUUGCCGCUUUUACUGCUGGCUCACUGGAAUGUGUGAAGCUUCUGGUUAAGGCUGGUGCUGAUGUGAAGGGUGUUGGGACUAUAACCCCCCUAUUAUUUGCUGUCAAAAAAGGCUUAACUGACUUCUACGAGUGCUUACUGGAGGCUGGUGCAGAUCCUAAUUUUCAUGAUGAUUUUGGUAACCUGCCAAUUGAAAUUGCUGCAAAUAAGAACAGAAGGAUUAAAGACGUUGCAAUUUUAUUUCCAGUAACUUCUCGUGUUCCAUAUGUGCAUGAUGAUUGGAGCAUUGAUGGGAUAAUAAGUUAUGUGAAAUCAAUGCUAUCGAUGGAGGAUGACCCGCUGUACAAAAUGGGCCCAGCUUAUCUGAAAUCAGAAGGGAGCAAGGCGUACAAGAGAAAAGAUUAUGUUUCUGCAGUAAAUUUCUACUCCAUGGCAAUCAAGCUCGAUCCUUCUGAUGUUAUCUUGCAUUCAAACAAGAGCCUUUGCUGGAUUAACUUGGGUGAUGGAGAGAAAGCUUUGUUGGAUGCUGAAUUUUGCCGGAUGAUGCAUCCUGAUUGGCCAAAGGCUUGCUACAGGCAAGGGGCUGCUCAUAUGUUACUGAAGAACUAUGAAAAGGCAUGUGAUGCAUUUCUUGAUGGUCUCAAGUUGGACGACCCAACAAAUGUUGAGAUUGAGAAGGCAUUAAGGGAGGCUUGCAAUUCCUUGAAGAUAUCUCGUGGUACCAAGAGGGUUUCCUAA